CACCGACCAAGAUUGGAUGAGGUUCCAACGGACAGAAAAUAAAAUUAAAUGCAACGCAGUAAAGUUCGUUUAAGCGUCAGGUAAAACAAAGGAAUGGUUGCCGGAGACUGUAGAAAAUGCAAACAUAAUGAAAUCAGUUAUCAAGCGAUGGCACGCCAGGGAUAUUAAAAGCUUCGUUGCUAGCCAGAGCAGUGACAGCGAUAGUAGAAUUUGUCUAAUACAAGGUUUCAAGCCGAGCGAACGUGCUAGUUUGUCCACCGCUUUCACCGCAUCCUCUUCGCUUUCAUCCACUUCGUCCACCUCACUGCCGUCGCCAACACCGUUGCACGCAUCAAGCGCCACACAUGGAAAUAACAACAGCAACAGCAGUGGGAACGUCACUGCACUGCUGCCCACACAACAUAGUCCUCCCAUCGGCAACUACUUGCCACAAGCGGCACAGCAAGUGCCAACAGCUGCACCGCCGCCACCGCCACCACUACCACCACAAUUACCACCACCAGCGCCACAACAUGCACAUCCAGCAUCGGUGUUGUACCCAAGUGCCGCUUACAGUGACCAUGGUUUCCUGCAGAUGACCCUCGGCUAUUUGUCACCCUCAUCGGGUGCCUACAAAUCAGUGGACCCUUAUUUUCUGUCGCAGGCAAGCCUUUUCGGUGGCGGUCAUCUCUUUGGUGGUGCCGGUUGUGUACCCGAACUCGCUUUGGGCUUAGGCAUGGGCGUGAAUGCGCUGCGUCAUUGUCGGCGGCGUAAAGCGCGUACAGUUUUCAGUGAUCCACAGCUGUCGGGACUGGAAAAGCGUUUCGAGGCGCAGCGUUAUCUCUCUACGCCGGAACGCGUCGAAUUGGCAACCGCCUUGGGACUGAGUGAGACGCAGGUGAAGACGUGGUUUCAAAACCGUCGUAUGAAACAUAAGAAACAGCUGCGGCGGCGAGAUAAUACAAACGAACCCGUUGACUUUUCACGUUCGGACGGCAGCGGCAGCGGCAGCGGCAGCGGCAGCAGUAGUAGUCACAGCGUAAAGAGCAGUAAUAAUAAUAAUACUACCAUGACAUCCGCUAACAGCAGCCAGCACAACAACAAUAACAACGCACAUCAAAACGGCAAUUCGAACGGCACUGGCAAUAAUAAUGGAGUUGAAAAUACAAAUGGCGUUGAGAAGGCAUUUGCUGCGCAGGCUUAUGCACGUGAACAGCAACAACAACAACAACAACAAAGUGCACACCCACACUCACAUUCAACACAUUUACAUUUACGUGGCAAUAAUAAAAAUAGUAAUAAUACAAAUAAUAAUAGCGCUGUUGGCGUUGGCGUUGGUGACGCUUUACUUGGCCCCCACGACCACCACCCUCAUCAGCAGCAUCAUCCUCAUCAGCAACAUCAUCAUCACUCUCAGCUAAUGCCGCAUGGCAACCACAAUGUUUCAGCACAUCAGCAACAUUUACAAAUGCUACGCAACAUUUCGAGUGGCAAUUUGGACAAUGCAAUGGGUUUUCUGCAACACGAUUACUCGACGGACGAUUAUUCGGAUAUCGAUGAGGAUGAGGAGGAUGAUGAUGAUGAGAGCAGUGAUGUUGAUAUUGUUGGUGAUACGAAACUUUAUCACAUGACUUAAUGUGUGUAAAAAAAAAAAUUACUAAAACUAAAAAAAAAAACACGAAAUACAAUAACUAAUAUUAAUUUAGUGUUUAUAUAGUCAUAGGUGAUAAGUAAUUGUAGUUUUAUGGCAUAAUGCAUGAUGUGCACACUUCUACUGCAUGUCAAUACUUUGUCGGAGGAGAAUAAGGAAAUAU